UAAAUAAAAGAUUAAAAGGGUCAUGAACUCAACCACAAAAACCCUUUAGAAAACCGGGUAAAGAGAUAUGGCGGCGAUUUGCACAUCGGUCCAUUUCCUCUCUUCUUCUUCUUUUAUCCCAAAUUCACGGCCACCCCCCUCCUCCAGAUUUUCUCCUUCUUCAAGUUCAUGUUUUUCGCCGGCCGCCGGAACAACAAGGAUUAUCAAAACGGCGUCGUAUUCAAACAAGAAGAAGAUGAAUAUAGUAUGUAUGGCUCCAGAUGAAGAGAAAUUAACUCGCCGUAAUCCUCUCGAUUUCCCUGUUGAAUGGGAAAGACCUAAGCCAGGUAGAAGGCCGGAUAUAUUUCCUCAAUUCAGCCCGAUGAAAACACCAUUACCUCCCCCACUACCAUAUGACCCCAAUCCAGAAGAGGAAGAAGACGAAGAAGAAGAGAACAAAGAAGAGGAAGAGGAUCCUGAUAAACAAGAACCGGAAAGCCGCUGGUUCCCCUUCCGUGGUUGAUUAACAGUCCCCAAUUUUUAUUCUGAAAUUUUGAUGAGAUGGAGGACUUAUACAUGACUCGAUGUAGGAGAGUUUGCAAGGGAAGUUAACUGUAUUUAGAGUAUCAUGCCAUAGUUGAGCAACUCUUUUUUAGUGUAUCUUUAACCCUCGGGUUUGAACUUCCGAGGGUUGUUUUUAUUUUUUAUUUUUUCUGUUGUUUAUUACUCGUAGUAUUAUUUGUUUGUGUAAGUUGGUCUACAGCUUUGUGAAAUAAUCAUCUGGACUUUCAAUAAAGUUUCUUUGUAUGAUUGUAUCA